AAUUUUAAUUUAAGUAAGAAUUUUAACAUCUGAACAGAGUACAAAGAGAGCAAAAUUAUCGUUAAUCGUUCUUUUCCUUAGAAACUGUUACAGGCUGCAAACCACAGCCUACGCAAUGGAACGUUUAGUUCCACUAUGGAUGAUAUUGUUAAUCGCAGUUUAUGGCGAUGCUGUAUCUCUCUUGAAUAAUGUGGAAGAGAAUAAUUCUUUAGAAGAGCCUCAAGUUUAUAAUAAAGUACAAGCUGAUGUUUACAUAAAAAAGGAUGACAAAUACAAAAAAGUUACCAUCUCUGAGGACGCCAUUUUCCUGCCACAUGAAAAAUACUGCCAGUAUUUUUAUGUCUUUGAUGGCAAAGAAAGUAAUGUCUUCAGCUGCUCGAAAGGAUACUAUUUCGAUUCUAAGAAAUUACAAUGCCUGAAAUCAAGAUCAGUUGAUUGCGGAAAGAGGAAGAAAAGUAUAAAUAGUAGUGAGGAAAAACACAUAGGGCACAUUCACUAUAAAUGUCCCAAAUGGAGUGGUUUCUAUGCUCAUGAGCACUAUUGCCAUCUCUAUUACAACUGUCAGUCAAAGAAGCCCGAGUUGAUGAUGUGCCCUCCUGGAUUGCUUUUCGACACCAAGGCUGGAAAAUGUGUUAAUAGAGGUUCCGUCGACUGCAACAGGAAAAUCGAUAUUUAUGAGGAUGAUAGCAGUGAAGUGGUUGAACCCGAUUCCAGCGAAGAUACCUAUAGCUGUCCUGAGAGUUCUGGUGUGUACCCUCACCCAAAACAUUGCAAUAAAUUUAUUCGAUGCUGGUUCAGCGUUGGAGAUGUCUACGUUUGUCCAAAGGAUACUCUUUACGAUAUAGAUCUCAAAAAAUGUCGUUCAAAGGAGUUCGUACAUUGUGAAGACAGAAAAGAUCCAUACGAUUUCGAAGAUGAUGAAUUACCAAAACUGUUGGAAGAAUUUCCAGAUUUCGAUUGUCCAGCCAAUAAGGGUCGUUUCUCACAUGAAGACUGCGCCAAGUUCUACGAGUGUAAAUCAGGUGAUGCUAAGUUGUACGAAUGUCCCCAAGACAAAUUAUAUGAUUCAAAACUGAAGACAUGCAAAAAAGAGACAGAAGUAGUAUGUGAACGAGAAAUUGUUGAUGAAGAAGAUGAAGAGUUCAUAUGCCCAGCUAAGGAAGGUAUAUUUAAAGACGAAGAGAAUUGUGGUUCUUACUACAAGUGCAAACAUGGUAAAGCUCAGCAUUUGACAUGCGAUGAAGGUGAACUCUUUGACACAGACUGGAAAUCGUGCAAUGAUGAAGACGAUGUGACAUGCGGAGAAAGGAUACUUCCAGGAGACGACCCUGAAGAAGAAGAAGGAGACAAUGUAGUAGAUCCUGAUCCUAAAUACGAGUGCAGCAAACGACAUGGCCGAUUUACCCACGAAGAAAUCUGCAACUACUACUAUCACUGCAAAGAUGGAAAACCAUCGGUCCGCAAUUGCCGCAGGGGGAAAUAUUACGACAGCGAUCGGAACAUAUGUUAUGAGGAAGUGGAUUGCGGAAAGAGAAAGCCGAAGGAAGAUGAUGUUGUUACCACUCCUAAGCCACGUGAAUUCGUAUGUCCCACCAAAAGUGGUAAGUAUGCUCAUCCCCGGAACUGUGGAGCCUACUAUACUUGUGAACGAAGUAAGCACAAGCUGGUGCAUUGCCCAAAGGGAAAGUUGUACCACGAGAAAUGGAGGAGUUGCGCAAAUGAAGUGCAAGUAUCCUGUGGUAACCGAAUUCAUCCAGACAUGGAUCCUGAUGAAACUAAUGAUGAAGUGAUCAAUCCAAAUCCAGAUUUUCAAUGCGAGAGAAAUUAUGGUCGGUAUACUCAUGACAAAUACUGUGAUUGGUUUUAUAACUGCCACGAUAAAAAAUCCUCUCUACGAAAAUGCCGCAGGGGAAAAUACUAUGAUUCACAUAAAAGGAAAUGCAUUGACUCCAAGGACGUGACUUGUGACGGAAGAAAACCAUCCGAAGAUCGAGAAGUGAAGACCACCACUGAAUUAGAGCCUGAAAUAUCAACAGAGACGAUAACAACGCUUGCCCCAUUCGUGUGUCCUAAAAAGGAGGGUAAAUUUCCUCACGAGAGAGAUUGCAGUAAGUUUUACGACUGCAAAAAAGGAAAACACAAAGAGCACAAGUGUCCGAAAAACCAACUCUUUGAUGACAAAAAAUGGAAAUGCGAGCCAGAUAAGCAUGCCAAGUGUGGAAGCAGAGUGCAUCCUGAUAUGUUUCCUGAUGACCCUGAUGACGAAAUUGUUGAGCCGGAUGUUCCAGACUACAACUGCUACAAUCACGGUAGAUGGGCUCAUGAAGAAUAUUGUAACUUGUAUUACAACUGCCACGAUUAUAAACCAUCUUUGCGUAAAUGCAAGAAAGGAAAAUAUUUCGACUCUUAUAGGAAAAAAUGUUACGAUGAAAAAGAUGUUAACUGUGGCGACAGAGAAAAACCAACUGAGCCAACUACGUCUCCAACAACAGUUACAACAACAACUGAAUCUAUUCCUACUGAAACAGAAGACAAAGGUAAAUUAAAACACUUUUACUAUAAAAAUAAAGAUAAUGUAAUAGAUGAAAACCCAGAUUAUGAUUGCGCUGGAACUGAUGGAUUGUUUGCUCAUGAAAAACACUGCAAUUACUAUUACACUUGCAAAAACAAUAAGGCAGUUCUAAAAGAGUGCCCUCAAGGUCAAGCUUUUGACAGUCACAGGGAACGCUGCGAAGAUUGGUACUUGGUUCACUGUGGAAACAGACUUCGACCUGAUGAACUUGAUCACACGUUUGAUGAUUUCCAAAGCACUUACGAAGAUCGAAGAACUUCUACACCUUAUCCAUUCACUAGAACUACGCCAGGCAGUACCACAGAAACGCCGUUUGUGUGUCCAACAGAAAACGGAAUUUAUCCGCACGAAACCAACUGUGGAAAAUAUCAUGUUUGCAAAGGUGGAGUGGUAGAAACUAAACUGUGUCCAGAAAAGGAACUUUUCAAUUUAGAGCAAAAUAGAUGCAUUGACGAAGAAGAAACUAACUGUGGAAAACGUAUACACCCUAAAGAUGAUCGAAACAACAAAGUUGUGGAUGAAGAAUCUGAUUUCAAUUGCACCAAUCGGCAUGGUUGUUUUACGCAUGAGCGGAUGUGCAAGUGGUACUAUUAUUGUCAUGAUAAUAGAACAGAAGUGAGAGAAUGUUCUGGCGACAGGUACUUCGACUCUGAGAGAAAUAAAUGCUUGGAAUGGUGGAUGGUUGUUUGUGACAAAAGAAUAACUGACCCAGAAACAACAAAAGAACCAACUGGAAAAGAUACAUCAGAUGAUGAAAAUGAUUCUACGAUAUCUACUAAUGAUGAAAACAAAGGAACGGGAGUUACUGAUGGAAAUAAAGGAACAGGACCCACUGAUGAUGGAAGGGAAGGAACAGGAGCAACUGAUGAUGGAAGGAAAGGAACAGGCGUUACUGAUGACGGAAGGGAAGGAACAGGAGCCACUGAUGACGGAAGGAAAGGAACAGGAGCCACUGAUGAUGGAAGAAAAGGAACAGGAGUAACUGAUGACGGAAGGGAAGGAACAGGAGUAACUGAUGAUGGAAGGAAAGGAACAGACCAUACUGAUGACGGAAGGGAAGGAACAGGAGUUACUGAUGAUGGAAGGAAAGGAACAGGCCAUACUGAUGACGGAAGGGAAGGAACAAGAGUUACAGAUGAUGGAAAGAAAGGAACAGGCCAUACUGAUGACGGAAGGGAGGGAACAGGAGCUACUGAUGACGGAAGGGAAGGAACAGGAGCCACUGAUGACGGAAGGGAAGGAACAGGAGUUACUGAUGAUGGAAGGAAAGGAACAGGCCAUACUGAUGACGGAAGGGAACGAACAGGAGUUACUGAUGAUGGAAGGAAAGGAACAGGCAAUACUGAUGACGGAAGGGAAGAAACAGGGAUCACAGAUGAUGGUAGAAAAGGUACAGGCAUUACUGAUGACGGAAGAGAAGGAACAGGGGUCACAGAUGAUGAUAGGAAAGGUACAGGCAUUACUGAUGACGGAAGGGAAGAAACAGGGGUCACAGAUGAUGGUAGAAAAGGUACAGGCAUUACUGAUGACGGAAGGGAAGGAACAGGAGUUACUGAUGAUGGAAGGAAAGGAACAGGCAAUACUGAUGACGGAAGGGAAGGAACAGGGGUCACAGAUGAUGGUAGAAAAGGUACAGGCAUUACUGAUGACGGAAGGGAAGGAACAGGAGUUACUGAUGAUGGAAGGAAAGGAACAGGCAUUACUGAUGACGGAAGGGAGGAAACAGGGGUCACAGAUGAUGGUAGAAAAGGUACAGGCAUUACUGAUGACGGAAGAGAAGGAACAGGGGCUACAGAUGAUGAUAGGAAAGGAACAGGAGUUACUGAUGACGGAAGAGAAGGAACAAGGCCUACAGAUGAUGGAAGGAAAGGAACAGGAGUAACUGAUGACGGAAAGGAAGGAACCGAAGCCACUGAUGAUGGCAAGAAAGGAACAGGAGUAACUGAUGACGGAAGGGAAGUAACAGGGGCCACUGAUGAUGGAAGGAAAGGAACAAGAGUUACUGAUGACGGAAGGGAAGGAACAGGAGCUACUGAUGAUGGUAGGAAAGGAACAGACGUAACUGAUGACGGAAGGAAAGGAACAGGGGCCACUGAUGAUGGAAGAAAAGGAACAGGCGUUACUGAUGACGGAAGGAAAGGAACAGGAGCCACAGAUGAUGGAAGGAAAGGUACAGGCGUCACUGAUGAUGGAAGAGAGGGAACAGGGGCUACAGAUGACGGAAAGAGAGGAACAGGAGUCACUGAUGACGGAAGAAAAGGAACAGGCGUUACUGAUGACGGAAGGGAAGGAACAGGAGCCACUGAUGAUGGGAGAAAAGGAACAGGAGUAACUGAUGACGGAAGAGAAGGAACGGGAGUCACUGAUGAUGGAAGGAAAGGAACAGGCGUUACUGAUGACGGAAAGAAAGGGACAGGAGUAACUGAUGAAGGAACGGAAGGAACAGGAGCCACUGAUGAUGGGAGGAAAGGAACAGGAGUUACUGAUGACGGAAGGGAAGGAACAGGAGUCACUGAUGAUGGCAGGAAAGGAACAGGCGUUACUGAUGACGGAAGAAAAGGAACAGGGGCCACAGAUGAUGGAAGGAAAGGAACAAGCGUUACUGAUGACGGAAGAGAAGGAACAGUGGCCACAGAUGAUGGAAAGAAAGGAACAAGAGUAACUGAUGAAGGAAGGGAAGGAACAGGAGCCACUGAUGAUGGGAGGAAAGGAACAGGAGCCACUGAUGAUGGAAGGAAAGGAACAGGCGCUACUGGAGAUGAAAACACAGUAACUGGUGCUACUGAUGGUAGGGAAGGGAAAAUUUCAACUCCAAAAUACACGGCUUCAACUGACAAAGAUUCUCAAAAAUCCUCUGUUUCACCUUUUACUGUCGUCACUCCAAUAGUAUGCAAUGACGAGGAUGAGAGUUAUGCGCACGAAGAAGAUUGUGAGCUUUAUACUCAGUGCAAAGAUGGUGUGGCAAGCCUCAUGAAGUGCCCUGAAGGCACUGUUUUUGAUCGUAUGGUCAAGAAAUGUUAUCGAGAAGACUGGGUAGACUGUGAUUCGAGAAAAAGACCUGUAUUUUCAACAAUUACUGGAGUAAGUACAACCACAGAAAAGCCAAUUAAAGAUGAGUGUAAAGAAGAAGAUGGAGACUUCCACCAUCCAAAAGAUUGCAGAUUGUAUUAUACUUGCAAAGACGGGGAAUUCCAAGAGAAUGAAUGCCCUAGUGGAAUGCUUUUCGACAACGUCAUGAGAAUUUGCUUCGACGAAGACAAAGUAAACUGUGGCGAUAGAUACAGGCCACCAAAAACAACUGAAACACCAGAUGAGUGUGACGAGUGGUUGCGAACUUUAACAACUCCAAUUGACAACAGCACUGAUGAAGGGACGACAGGUGCAACAGAAAAGGAAACUGGAGGUACUGAAAUAACAGGAGAUAGUAUAUUGACAGAGAAAAUAACUGAAAACACACAAUCAACUUUUGAAAACACAGAAACAGUGACUGAAAAUAAAGACCAAUCAACCCCAUCAUCCAGUAUCAAUUAUACAGGGAGCACUGAUCCAACUGAGCCUGACAAAAUCACAGUAAGUGAUAAUACAACUCCAAGCAACCCUAAUACGGAUAUUAAUACUGACAGCACUAACAAGGAAAAUACUAAUUCACAUAUAUCAACAGAUAUUACUAAUAAUCCAAGCACUAAUAACCCUACAGAAGGAUCCACUAAUAGUGAAAGCAUUUCUACAAAAACGAAAACAGACGAUGGGACAUCAGAUAAGCCAAGCACGCCACUACCAGACACUCCAAACACAAAAAGUGAUGAAGAGACAUCUUCACAAGACUCAAUUUCAACUGAUAUUGAUGGAACUCCUGGUACAGGAGAUAUGGGAACAAAUUCUGAUGAUGGUUCAACUGCAACUGACAAUAAAAAGACUGUAACUGAUGGCCUGGGCACUUCUGAAGUAUCAGAGAUAAGUACAGUAAAAAUUUCAACUGAGGGUGAAUCAACAAUAUCAACUAAGACCAAUGAUAAAUUAAUUGAAGACACCACAAUGGUAACAGGUGUGACCAAUGAUAAUAUUCAAACAAAUGAGCCAACUAGAAUAACGGAAGAAAUAACAAACUUAUCUCAAGAUGUAACUGCCAGUACAAAACUAGAAGUCACUGGUGAUAUUACAAAAGAUGUCACUGAAAUUACAACAGCACAAAGUGAUGAUGGAAACAGUAUUUCCCCAAGUGGAACAGGAAACCCAGGUACAAAAAAUACAGACUCUACUUCUACUUCAUCACCAAUUACUGGAGAUGGAAUUAACACAGCAUCUAAUAAAGAUAAAACAUCUAUCACUGACAACACUAAAUCGAUAGAUGAUUCCACACUUGCACCUACAGUAAUUAGUACAGACGAUGAAGGCAAAGGAUCAGAAGAUUCUAAAACUCCACAAACAGAUGUGACAGAAAAUGAUCAGACUUCUGGUUUUACAUCAAGUGAUAUCACAAAUACAAAUUCUGUAACGGAUGGCAGCACUAACAAUGAAAACACUUCAGAUGAAAAUAAUAAAAAUCGAAGCACAUUAGAUGAUAAAGCUGGAUCAAGCAGUUCACCAGAUGAUAGAACAGGCUCAAACACCACACCUGAUGACACGACAGGUUCAAACAGCACACCUGAUGACACGACAGUUUCAAACAUCACGCCUGAUGACACAACAGGUUCAAACAGCUCGUCUGAUGACACAACUGGUUCAAACAGCACGCCUGAUGAUAGAACUGGUUCAAAAAGUACACCUGAUGAUAUAACCAGUUCUAAUAGUACACCUGAUGACAAAACUGUCACGAGCAGUACACCUGAUGACAAAACUGUCACAAACAGCACACCUGAUGACAAAACUGUCACAAACAGCACACCUGAUGAUAAAACUGUCACAAACAGCACACCUGAUGACAAAACAGGUUCAGAUGUCACACCAGUUGAAAUUACAACUGAUAAAACUAAUUCAGAUAACACAGAUACAGUAACAGACAGCACAAACAGUUCACCAGAUGACUCAAGUGAUACUACACAUCAACAUUCAACCAUCCAUCCUUGCUUAAACCACACUCACACAACCCCAAAACCUAUAGGACCCCCAGAAACAGAUUGCGAAAAACAUGAUGUUGACUGUAUCAUAAAAGAAACUGGAGAUGUUAGAAAGUGGUACAAGUGCACGAAAAAACAAGGAAACUUUCCUCAUCCAGUAACUGAUCAUUUAUUUAUAAGAUGCAAAGAUUGGAAACCUCAGGUAAAGAAAUGUGGAAAAAAACAGAUUUUCUCAGCAGAAUAUAUGAAAUGUAUACGAAUACAUGAUUUUUGAAGUGUUUCUUAAAAUUUUACAGAUUUUAUUCUUAA